AUGUCUUCUCUUUGGAAUGCCUUGACUGGGCAAAAGUCCAACCAGAACAAGCCAGACCACAGCCAUGCGCCACCACCACCAGAACCCACCAGCAACUUCGCACCCCCUCCCUUCGAUCCAUCCUCGGCGCAAGGCGUCGACUCCUUCCUCAACAGCUCCGCAUUCGCAGACCCCUCACAAUUACACCCCCUCGCCGGCCUCAACAAGGACGCCCUCGAGUACAUCACCCUCGAGGAAUCCGCCGUCUCCGACCUGCCCGGCGGCCAGUCCGUCCUGCCCUCGCGCGGCUUCACAGACGACCUUUGCUACGGCACCGGCAUCACAUACCUCUCCGCCCUGUCGAUAGGUGGCGCGUGGGGCCUGCAAGAGGGCCUCAGGCGCAGCGCCGGCCAAGCGCCCAAGUUGCGGCUGAACUCGACGCUGAACGCAAUCACGAGACGGGGCCCGUUCCUGGGAAACUCUGCGGGCGUUGUCGCAAUCGUGUACAACUGCAUCAACUCGUACAUUGGAUACCUGCGCGGAAAGCACGACGCGUCCAACAGUAUCGCUGCGGGCUUCCUAAGCGGGGCGCUGUUUAAGAGCACAAGGGGCUUGCGGCCGAUGGCCAUCUCAGGUGGCAUAGUCGCAUCCGUCGCUGGUGUAUGGACUCUCACACGGAAGACUUUCUUCCCAGCACCAGAACAACACCAUCCGUAA